AAUGUUGAGGUUGAGGGUCUCAGGUACGGGAAGAUCUAUCGGUCAAAUUUGUUCGGAGGGCCGACGAUCGUGUCAGCAGAUGCCGGUCUGAACCGGUUCAUCCUACAGAACGAGGGCCGAUUUUUCGAAUGCAACUACCCCAAGAGCAUUGGAGGAAUACUGGGAAAGUGGUCGAUGUUGGUUCUGGUGGGAGAGAUGCAUCAGAGCAUGAGAACCAUAUCCCUUAACUUUCUCAGCAGCGCCCACCUCCGCGCCGUCCUCCUGCCGGAGAUCCAGCGGCAGACCCUCAUGGUGAUCGCCGGUUGGAAGGAGGGAGUCGCCUUCUCUGCACUACAGGAAGUUAAGAAGUUUACUUUCAAUUUAAUGGCGAAGAAUAUGAUGAGUUUGGAGCCAGGGGAGCCUGAAACUGAGAAGCUGAGGAGGGAGUACAUAACGUUCAUGAAAGGGGUGGUCUCUGCUCCAUUAAAUUUUCCAGGGACCUCAUACUGGAAGGCUUUGAAG